AUGGAUGAUUAAAAUAAACUCGAAAGCCUUAGAACAGCAAUAAUUAGCGGGAUGAUAGAUUUUAUUAACAAAAAUUAAUAAGAAAAUGAAGAAGAGGAUAAUAUUUAAGACACUUAAUAAAAUUUAUAAAUAAUACAUGCUUAAGUUUAAACCUAAUUAUAAAUUAAUUUUUCGUCACCCUAAAAUUUGAUCAUAAUAUUAAAUAAAGAAUUAAUCAAGCUAAAAGGUAAUAAAGCUUUGACGAAACAUUAAAAAAAAUUUUAUAAAGCAAAUUAUUCUUAAUAAUUAUUAGAAAAUCUAUCAUAAACAGGAUAAGCUAAAACACCUAUUUCUCUACCUUCUUAUGUUAAUCCGAUAAUCGAUAAUGUUGAUGUUUUAUUUUAUGCUUUGAAAGAAUGUUUGUUAAGGGCUUAAAACCGAGAAUUACUUAAAACAGAUAGUUCAGUUUCUGCUGGAUUAGAAUCUCUUGUAGGAGCAUUCGGAUAAGAUUAAGGUUGCUUAAAAUUUCGAACUAUUUAAGUUGAUUAUAAUAAGCUAACAACUGAUGACUAUUUUAGAAACUAAAUCUAUCUGAAUUAAAACAAAAAAUAGCUCAACAUUACAAUAUUAAGAUUGAUCAAGUUUAGGUCGUUGCAAUCAAUAAAGGGAGUGCUGAGAUUUAUCAAAAAUAAUAUCAAGUAGAGUAGAUAUUGA